UGACGUCAUAGCAAGCUACGCUAAUGAAGGAGCAAAAUGAUUGACGAUAAAAUGAAAUCCUAACACGGAAACAAAAAAAAAAGGAAAGGGAUUUUUUUUUUUUUUGCAGUUGCGGUCAUUUUUAUCCAAUGAUACAUUUAUCUCCAGAGGCCGUGCUGUGAACCGGUGCUGUAGCGGACAUGGAACACAUCCGAACGCCGAAGGUGGAGCAGGUGCGGCUGCAGGAUCGCUACAGCAACAAAUCCACAAAUGGCACGCUGUACCUCACAGCUACACAUCUCAUUUUUGUGGAAAGCGGCUCCAAUAACUCAUCCUCUGCUGGACAGGAGGUCUGGAUUCUGCACCACCAUAUCGCCUCCGUGGAGAAGCUAAGUCUGACCACCACAGGCUGCCCGCUGGUCAUUCACUGCCGCAACUUCAGAGUGGUCCAUUUUGUGUUGCAGAGGGAAAGAGACUGCCACGACAUCUUCAGCUCACUGCUGCGUCUGUUACGGCCAGUGUCCUAUGAGGAUCUGUAUGCGUUCGCCUACAACCCCAAACAGAACGACCAGCAGAGAGAGGAGGGGUGGCAGCUCAUCGACCUGGGGGCAGAGUUUGAGAGGAUGGGCGUCCCCAACGACCAAUGGCAGCACACUGAUGUCAACAGAGACUACAAGGUGUGUGAGACAUAUCCACGCGACCUGUACGUCCCCAUCACAGCCAGUAAGCCUAUCAUCGUUGGGAGCUCCAAGUUCAGAAGCAAAGGACGCUUCCCAGUGCUCACAUAUUACUACCAAGAGAAGAAGGCGGCCGUGUGUCGGUGCAGUCAGCCUCUCUCUGGGUUCAGCGCCCGCUGCCUCGAAGACGAGAACAUGCUGCAGGCCAUCAGUAAGGCCAAUCACAACAGCCGAUUUGUUUACGUCAUGGACACGCGGCCAAAGUUGAAUGCGCUGGCAAACCGAGCAGCAGGCAAAGGCUACGAGAACGAGGACAACUACUCCAACAUCCGCUUUCAGUUUGUCGGCAUCGAAAACAUCCACGUCAUGAGGGCUAGCCUGCAGAAACUGCUUGAAGUGAUUGGGACUCGGUCUCUUACCAUGAGUGACUUCCUGACCGGACUAGAAAGUAGCGGGUGGCUGCGGCAUAUUAAGGCUGUAGUAGACGCAGCGGUCUUCCUUACCAAGGCGGUGACGGUGGAGGGGACGAGCGUGUUGGUUCAUUGCUCAGACGGAUGGGACCGAACAGCCCAAGUCUGCGCUCUCGGGUCUUUGCUGAUGGAUCCCUACUAUCGCACCAUCAAGGGCUUUAUGGUGCUGAUAGAGAAAGACUGGAUCUCCUUUGGUCAUAAGUUUGCACACAGGUGUGACCAGCUGGAUGGAGAUCCUAAGGAGGUGUCUCCCAUCUUCACUCAGUUUCUUGAGUGUGUGUGGCAGCUGACUGAGCAGUUUCCACAGGCCUUUGAGUUCAGCGAGUGGUUCCUGCUGCAGAUCCAUGAGCACGUGCACUCGUGUCAGUAUGGAAACUUCCUGGGAAAUCAUCAGAGGCAGAGGGAGGAGCUGCAGUUGAGGGAGCGGACUCACUCACUCUGGGCCUUCUUAAUGGGUGAGAAGCAGAACCACCUGAACCCGUUCUACAGCCCGGCCUACUCUGAAGCACAUCCUGUGCUGGAGCCCUCCACCUUGCCCAACAGUUUCAAGUUCUGGAGGAGCAUGUACCACCAGUUUGAUCGGUCCAUGCAUCCACGGCAGUCCAUCCUCAAAACCCUUGUGACUCUGAAAGAGAACAGCCGUAAUGUGGAGAGCACGCUGCAGGCCCUGGAGACCAGGCUCCAACAGCUCGGCGUGAGCCCAGUUUCAAGCUGUGGCCUUCCCGCGCCUCCUCCCACCAGAGACCAGCGCUCCAACCCGCUGCCCCCGCGCCCCGACUCCCUCAUCCUCGGCGCUCCCAUCAACCAGAAAGAAGCGCAGCGUCGAGAGGAGGAGCAGGACGAGGUGGGUGAGGAGGCCACGGAGAGCACGGAGCGGACAGUAGAGGGCAGCAGUGGUUCUGAGAGCAGGAAGCAGAGCUACGGGGAGCUAGAAGGGACAUACAAAAGUGAACUGGCCAAAGAAGAACCUGCUGCUGUUAGUCUAGAGUUUGGCGUGGCUCGCAUGAGCUGCUGAAACCAAACAAAAGGGUUUGUUUCAGAACGCAGAGUGACGUGGCUGAACCAAGGGACUUCCUGAAAGUGUGUGGGUGUGAAGAGAAAAGUGUCGUUCUCUUUAUGUUCGUGUGACGAUUACGCAAAGGUCCAAGAAUGUCAGAGUUACUGAUGUUUAUGUUUGUAUAGUUUAAAUCUCAGUGGAA